AUGGAGUUUAAGAAAAUACACGCAUGCCCAAAUGACUGCAUAUUGUACAGGAGAGAGCAUAAAGAGGAGCAAAAGUGUCCUGUAUGUGAAACACCAAGGUAUAAAGAAAACAAAGCUCCUGCGAAGGUGUUAUGGUAUCUUCCAAUCAUUCCAAGGUUUGAACGAUUGUUUGCUAAUGAAAAGGAUGCAAAGAAUCUAAGAUGGCAUGCGGAUGAUAGGAUUUCAGAUGGAAAGCUUCGACAUCUAGCUGAUUCGGAACAAUGGAAGAAAAUUGACACUUUGUUUCCUGAGUUCAGCAGUGAUCCAAGGAACCUCAAGCUUGGACUUAGUACAGAUGGCAUGAAUCCUUACAGCAGCCUUAGCAGCAUACAUAGUUCAUGGCCUAUUUUGUUGGUGAUUUAUAACUUAUCUCCCAUGUUAUGCAUGCAACGCAAGUAUAUCAUAUUGUCUAUGUUCAUUUCGGGACCGAAACAACCGAGAAAUGACAUUGAUGUUUGCCUACGACCCUUGGUCGAAGACUUAAAAAAUCUGUGGGAAGUAGGUGUGGGUGUGUUUGACGUGAAUCGAAAGGAGGUAUUCAAGUUGCAUGCAAUGAUCUUUUGCACCAUAAAUGACUUCCCUGCAUAUGGAAAUUUGUCAGGCUACAAUAUUAAGGGGCAUAAAGCAUGUUUGAUUUGUGAAGCGGGCACAUGCUAUCAUCAACUUCAUCAUGGAAAGAAGACAGUCUAUCUUGGCCAUAGGAGGUUUCUUGAAAAGGACCACCAUUAUCGUAAAAUGGGGAAAGCUUUCUAUAGUGGUCAAGAGCAUAGAACUGCCCCAAAGCCAUUGACAGGGGAGCAAGUUUAUGAAUUGGUGAAAGACAUUAAUGUUACAUUUGGCAAGACUAUGAAGAAUAGUAAAAAAAGUAUAUGGAAAAAAAGAUCUAUCUUCUUUGACCUUCCAUAUUGGAGCUAUCUUGAUAUGAGACAUUGUAUUGAUGUCAUGCAUGUGGAGAAGAAUGUGUGUGAUAGUAUUGUUGGAAUGUUUCUUGAUAUACCAGGCAAGUUCAAGGACGGUGUGAAGGCAAGAUUAGAUUUGGUGGACAUGAAAAUUAAAGAAGACUUACAUCUAAGGCCGGUUGGUAAGAGGACUCACUGUCCUCCGGCUGAACAUACUUUGUGCAAGGAUGAGAAAAGAAGCCUUUUGGCUAUUCGAGGCUUCUGGAAAGAUGAAUUGAGAGAUGUCAUAACUAUGAUUUGCUUUUUCUUUAAUGCUAUAUAUCGUAAAGUCCAUGAGCUUGAAGAAUUGGAUGAAUUAGAAAAUGAAGCAUAUCUUAUCUUAUGCCAACUUGAAAAGCUCUUUCUUCCAUCAUUUUUUGACAUUAUGAUACAUCUAAUUGUUCACCUAGUGAGGGACAUAAAGUUGUGUGGCCCUGUGCAUUUACGAUGGAUACAAUAUGAUGUCAAAGAUCGUAGACAUGGCAUUUUUGUGAAGACCGUUGAUCCUCAUGAAUUGCAACAAGCACACUUACAUAUCUUGAAUAAUGUUGAUCAAGUUCAAGACUAUAUAGAUGUGCAUAAAGAACUUGUGAGGAAGCAAAACAGUCGAAUUAGGAUAACUAAGCAAAGAUUAAUUAGAGAGCAUAACAAUACUUUUGCAAAGUGGUUUAAGCAGAAGGUUGAAAAGGAAGAUUGUGUUUCUGAUAUUGUUAAGGGGCUGGUACAAGGUCCUGAGUGUGAUGUUAUAUGCUGGACUGCAUUUGAUAUUAAUGGGUAUUUGUUCUACACGAAGUCUCUAGAUAAUAGGAGUAAUGUACAGAACAGUGGUGUUACACUAGUAGCCUCAGGCAUGCACUUCUCCAGCUUGAAAGACCAAAAUCCUUUAUUUGCAUCCAUGCCUUAUUACAGGGUUAUUGAAGAGAUUUGA